AUGGCUCCUGGAAAUUACUCUUUUGUGACUGAAUUCAUUCUGUUGGGAUUAACAGACCAACCAGAUCUCCAACUCCCCCUAUUUUUUUUAUUUCUAGGAAUGUAUAUCGUCACUGUGCUGGGGAAUUUGGGCUUGAUAAUCCUAAUUGCACUGAAUUCACACCUGCACACCCCCAUGUACUUUUUCCUCUUUAACUUGUCCUCUAUAGACCUCUGUUAUUCUUCUGUGUUUACACCAAAAAUGCUAAUUAAUUUCACAUCAAAGAAGAAUACUAUUUCUUAUAUGGGAUGCAUGACUCAGCUCUACUUUUACUGCUUUUUUGUCAUUUCUGAAUGCUAUCUGCUGACAUCAAUGGCCUAUGACCGCUAUGUGGCCAUCUGUAAGCCACUUUUGUAUAAUGUUAUCAUGUCCCCUAAAGUGUGUUCCAGGCUUAUGCUUGCUUCCUACUUGAUGGCCUUUUCUGGUGCCAUGGCUCACACUGGAUGCAUGCUGAGACUGACGUUCUGUGAUGCAAACACCAUCAACCAUUAUUUGUGUGACAUCUACCCUCUCCUCUAGCUCUCCUGCACAGGUACCUACAUCCUUGAGCUGGAAGUUAUCAUCAUGUCAGGCAUCAAUAUCACUGUGCCCAGGCUCACUAUCUUUAUCUCUUAUGGCCUCAUCCUUGCCAACAUCCUCCACAUCAAGUCCACAGAGGGCAGGUCCAAAGCCUUCAGCACCUGCAGUUCCCACAUCAUUACUGUUUCUCUGUCCUUUGGAUCAGGGGCAUUUAUGUAUCUCAAACCAUCUUCUGCAGUGUCUAUGGAUGAGGGUAAAAUCUCUUCUGUCUUUUAUACCAAUACUGUUCCCUUCCUCAAUCCAUUAAUUUACAGCAUGAGGAACAAAGAUGUCAAACAUGCUCUGAGAAAAACCCUGAGGAGGAGACAGUUUUGA